UAUACGAUUCCCACCAUAUCCAUACAUUAACUGCAUCUUUUUUUUUCUAGAUUGAUGGUCCUUCAAAUUAUAACUUGAAACACUUUCUGCAACUUAACAUAAAAUGGCUGCCAAAAUUGCUUUGUCUUCCUCUUAUAUCACUACCAAAAUUCAUCUCUUACCGAAAUUACCCUCAACUUCAGCUCCUCAUAUUCAUUAUCUUCCAAGAACUAGCACCAAUUCACAUUUCAGAAUUAAUGCAAAAUUAGGUGGAGAUGAUGCAGAAGCAGAGCAAAAGAAGAGUGGGAAGAGGAAAUUUAUCACCAAAGAGCAAGAACCAGAACAGUAUUGGCAAACGGCAGGAGAAAGAGAAGGUGAAAAUCCAAUGGCAACUCCUCUUCCUUAUUUUUUCAUAUUCGGAAUGUCCACGCCUUUUAUCAUUCUAGCCAUUGCAUUUGCUAAUGGAUGGAUAAAAACUCCCAAUUAGAUAAAAAUAAAUACUGUAUCAUAUUGUUCAAAACUAUAUAUAGUAUAUCAGGUUCGCAGCAGGCAUCUAUAUCUGUCAGCAGAUGAGAUUUUGUGUAACUAGCACUUGGAGCUUCUAUAUAUAUACACAUACAAUGACAUACUGUUGGAUGCUAUA